AUGGAUCCGUUUACUCAGCACAUGCUUGAGAAGGCGGAACAGCGCAGUCGCGCCCUCGGCAUCAGCAACGCCAGCAAGUUUCCCCUCGCCGAGUGCAGCGUACCCAGCUCCACCACCACCACCUCCUCCUCUUCUGGCGGGGAUGCAGGAGUCCUGGCCCCGAGGAGCCGCUCGCCAGGAGUCCAGAGCACGGCCAGUGGCGGCGGCAAGGUCGUGGUGCUGGGCAAGGCCACGCUGGAGGCGUCGCCGGCCAAACCGCUGCGGCACUACACGGCGGUCAACAAGGAGAACCUGGACAUGGGCAUAGAGAUAAACAUAACCACUGACAAGCCAAUUGGGGUGCAAGUUGAGAUCCAGGAGCAGGAGGUGACCGACUCCGAGGAGGAGGAAGAGGCAGGAGCACGCAAUCCACUGCUGGAGGCAGAGCCAGUAAAUCAGCCGCUGGCCAGGCUUAGGGACACCUCCCGCAGCAGGCUGCAGCGCAUGGGCGCCCUGUACUCCAACACGGACGACCUAUCCUCGCCCAUUCACCGCACCGAGGCCCAGUUUCAUGUGACAACGGGUGAGGAAGAGGAGAACGGGAAUCGCAGCAGCAGGCAGCCCAAGCAGCGAUUGGGCAAACUGGCCGCUUUGGCGGACACCAUCAAUCAGUGGGAGGAUGACACGUCGCACCACGAAGUGCACAGACCGCUUGAUGCACCGCCACCAAAACCCCAUUUGUCCAGCCGGCGGCCGGAGAAGCCACCGGCUCCACAGCCCCCCAAGAGGGACGAAGUCGACGAGGCGGCCAGGACCAAGCAGCUAAAGUGGGAUCCCAAGGUACUGAGCUCUCUGGAGGCCCAAGGUUUUCAGCGCCGCGAAUCGUCGACCAUUAAACACACCUAUGAUUAUGCCAAACAGGGAGAGGCGGCGCCAGUUAGCAAACAGGAAGAGACGACACCAGUUGCCAAGCCGCCAGUGCCGGAGAAAUCGACGACGGUCAGCCAGGUGGCCAAGAACUUUGCCGCUUCUGCUCAAGCGCCUAAGCCAUCAGCACCAGCGCCUGCAGUAAGUGUUAAGACCGGCUUAGUUUCCGGACGUGCCGCCAUCUUCGAGAACAAAGGAGCCGGUGGGCAGACGCAGGGCAAUGUACGCAACCAGAAGGAUCCCUGCGAACUGUCGCUAAAGGAGCGGAUGAAACUCUUCGAAUCGGGCAACAACAAGGCCAUGUUGCCCAUGGCACCGAUAGGUUCUGCUCCCAGUAUUAGCCAAAUCCGGGCGGAGGAGGUAAAACAGCAUUUGAUGGCAGUGCAUCCGGUGACUGCAGCAGCUGCUACUACUGUAGUUGCAGCGACCAAGCCAAAGCCGGAGAACAAGCUGCGAGACAAGGUGGCCGCUUUGGUCGCGAACGCCCAAUCAAGUGCGGAGACCCGCAUCAAGGACAUUGACCGUCAACGGCAGGAGGACAUGCAGAUUAUAUCCAAUCGCUUUAACAAACAAAAGGAGCUCUUUGACAUUCAACCAGCAGUCACUUCCGCGCCUGCUCCAACUCGACCUCCCGCGCCUGAUCCACCUCGAGCUCCGGCGCCAGCUCCCAGCAAAGUAGUGCGGCCCAUGCCGCCUCCUCCACCGCCGCCCAUCGCUGGUCUCUCACCUGCAUUGGCCAGCAGUAAGAGGCGAUCACCUGGUGAUGCACCCAUCACUGAUGAGGACUCAAAGCGGGCCCGCAAAUCGCAUUCCGAUCGCCUGUAUCCCGCCCUGUCCGACCUCGAUUCCAGUGGUGACAACUGCUGUGCCACCGAAACAGCCUCCGCCACAGACGACAGCCAUCAGUUGGACGAGGAAGAAUCAGAUAGUUGCAUGGAUGAGUCGGAGGACCAGUCGCAGACUGAGGACAGCAGCGCCGGCAUGUGCGACGGCAGCCUGGGCCGCGAGAUAAUGAGCGCAGUGCAGCGCAACGAGACGGAGACGCAGCAGCAGCCACGCAAGAAGACUGUGCGCUAUGCGGACAUGUACUACGACGACAGCUCUCUGAACUCGUCGCAGGUCUCUUCCGGAAUGAAUGACUAUCUGGAUGAGGCGCUGGCCGAAGACUCCGGCAGCACUCAGGAUGAUCAGAGUGACAGCGAGGACGAACACAAUGCCAGUCGUCUGUCCUUGGGCAGCAAAGGAACUACGGCCUCGAACAGCUUUUCCUUCCGAAAGAAUCCAGCUACCGCUUGCACGCCUAUCGAUGAGCAUCAUGAAAUGAUGGACAUGCAAACGCCGAUGCUUAGUGGUGCCCAGCCUGUCAAGUCUGAGUUGAGCGUGAACCAAGACAACGACAACCUGGUCACCCUGGUGCACACGGUCAGCUUCUAUCGCCGCCAGCAGAGUGCCAAUAGCUCCAAUUCCACACCGGUGCGCAAGAUAUGUCGCGAGCAGCAGGUGAUGCGAUCAGCCUUAGCAGGCGAUUGCCAUGCCAAGCACAGACUGGAGUACGACUCUCCCCAGCAGGGACAGAUCGCAGCAGCCACAGAUGAUCAAACCGAUGAGGACGAUGACGAGAUGCAAAACGCGCGGGAAAUAAACGAGGCCUCACAGGCGCAGGACAAAAUCAAGAAGCUGUUGAGCGAGGUGUGCAAGCAGCAACAGGUGAUUGGACAGGCCAGCCAGGCCCUAAAUCUGUGUGCGGCAACAGUCGAGUUUUCUGGCUCCACAGAGUCCGUGGAGGGAGAGCGAUAUCUCCUACUAGCCACCCAUCGUCGCCAGGCUUGUUUGGAUGAGGUCCAGCGCUUGAGAGUCGAGAACAGCAUCCGUCCCGUGGGUGCACCAAAGGAAAAGGGCCUGCUGACGGUCAAAGACAUAACGAUUCCCCUGCGCCAAGAGUACGUGCGUAAAAUGGCCUCCAACAACAUCAAUGGUCAUCAUCUUGUGUGCCUACUGAAGUACAAUGAGCACGUGUUGGCCACCAAGACCGUACCCACGAUGCCUGGCCUUUUGUCUGUCAAGUUUCCUGACGUCCUGCAACUGAACAAUGUGUAUGCCGAUUUUAGGAUUACGUUGGAAAUCUAUGGCAUGCUGGCCCAGCGUGAUCAGCUGCCCCAUGAGCUGAAGUACCACAUCAAUUUGAACAAAAAGGGCGGCGUAAAGACGCCCAAAAAGAAGGGCGGCGAGAAUCGUCUGGUGAUGCCGCCAGUACAGAGUCCGGCGGGGCCCCAUGUGGUAAGGACGCCGCAGCUGGUGCAAUACGGCUUUGCCAUCUUCUCGUUGCGUGAAAUUCAGCGCACCACGUGGACGCUGACCCAGGUCCUGGGCGUGAGCCCACUGGAAGGCAUGGUCCACAUGAAGGUCAACUGUGAAUUAUCAGUGAGCGUGGAGUACAAGGGAUUCCUCACCAUGUUCGAGGACAUCUCCGGGUUUGGCGCUUGGCAUCGGCGCUGGUGCUAUCUGAACGGCACCGUGAUCAAUUUCUGGAAAUAUCCGGACGAUGAGAAGCGCAAGACGCCCAUGGGCAGUAUCGAUUUGAAUGCAUGCAGUUCCCAAAAGGUGACCACAGCACCGCGCGACAUCUGCGCCCGCCUCAACACCAUGCUGCUGGAGUGCGAACGACCAGCGCUGGAGACGGACCAGGAGUCGCUGAUAAUAGUGCCCAACGGACCGACCACCACAGUGCGUCAUCUGCUCUCCGCCGACACGAAGGAGGAGCGCGAGGAGUGGUGCGCCUACCUGAACAAGGCACUGACACUGCUGCGCGCCUGGGGAACCACCCACUGACCCGCUGACCCACUGCAAUCCUGUCAGCAGCACAGACACUGACACCAAACGGGCGGGUUGUUUAAAGUUUUCUCUUUUUAAGUUACUCAAUUUACUAAUUUAGUCGCGUUCGCGUUUAUAUUCUUUUUGUUUUAUGUUUCCGGUUCAAAUUAUUCGUAUUCCGUAUUCGAGUUGGGCACUUUCGUGUUCGUAAUAUACCGACAAAGUGUUGAAUAUCAUUUUACAUAUGUACAUUGCAUUUAGAAUGUCUCGCUAAAUAUAUAAUAUGUUUAAAUCCCAGUAAAACGCUGCCGAAAUGUA